AUGUACAACACGCACUCAGACAUUUGGGUCGCUGGAGCUUUCGCCGCAGUGGUUGUUGACUUCAUCGUCUACCCUUUUGACACAUUAAAAACCCGCAUCCAAUCACCAAAUUACGAGCGAGUCUUCAAAGAUGCACGCAGCGGCGCCAUAAGACGCGAUGUACUUUUCCGCGGUUUAUACCAAGGCGUAUGGAGCGUGGUGUUCUCCACAAUUCCCUCAUCUGGAGCAUUCUUCACAACCUACGAAGCAGUAAAGAGUACUCUACACAAUUCAUCAGCUUCGACGAAACAGGCAAGCCAGUUUUAUACGCAGUACUACUCAAACACAACUCUCAAACUACCCUUCACCCAUUCCCUCCCAACACCAAUAAUCCACGCCAUCGCCUCAUCAACCGCCGAGAUGGUCUCCUGUCUCAUCCUCACACCCGCAGAAGUCCUAAAACAGAAUGCGCAAAUGGUACAGACUUCCCAAAAGCAAAGUCACCACUUGAAUCAAAAUAAAGUCACAGCCAUGCGCCAAGUGCUUUCCCGCUUCAAGUCUCGACCCUGGCGCCUUUGGAGUGGAUAUACCGCGCUAGUCGGACGAAACCUCCCAUUCACAGGCCUGCAAUUUCCGCUCUUUGAGUAUUUACGUGCUAACGCAAUUGAUUGGCGGCGGAAACGAAGGGUAGAUGUGAGAAUGGGACUUGGCGAAGAUCAAGGAGCUGCGAGUGGUAUUAGUAGACCGCCGGAUGGAAUGAAGGAGCAACUUAUCGAGCGGGCUGGGCUGACGGGUCUAUCGGCUUCGCUGGCUGGACUUGUUGCUUCGACAGUUACGACGCCGAUUGAUGUUGUUAAGACGCGGGUUAUGUUGUCUGCCAGUGAGGAUAGGUCUAAAGAUGGGAAGCACGCAGUGGGAAAGAGUGUUUCUGCAGGUGCGAAGAAAGGGACGAUUGAAGUUUGGAGAGAGAUCGUACAGAAAGAGGGCAUGAGGGGGUUGUUUAAAGGUGGUGCGAUUCGUGCUGGGUGGACGGCUAUCUCUAUGAGUUUGUAUCUGAGUCUUUAUGAGGGUGGGCGGUUCUAUUUGGAAAAUCGGAGGAAAGCGUUGGAAGGUGUUGAUUGA